AUGUCAUCGAGGCCUUUUGAAAGUCCACCUCCUUACAGGCCUGAUGAAUUCAAACCAAAUCAUUAUGCACCAAGCAACGACGUAUAUGGAGGAGAAAUGCAUGUUCGACCAAUGCUGUCUCAGCCUGCAUAUUCUUUCUACCCAGAAGAUGAAAUUCUUCACUUCUACAAAUGGACCUCUCCACCAGGAGUGAUUCGGAUUCUGUCUAUGAUCAUUAUUGUGAUAUGCAUUGCCAUAUUUGCCUGUGUCGCCUCCACACUUGCCUGGGACAGAACCUAUGGAACUACUUACCUGGGAAGUGGCUACCCUUAUGGAGGAAGUGGCUUUGGUGGCUAUGGCUAUGGCUAUGGCUAUGGCUAUGGUUAUGGCUAUGGAGGAGGCUACACGGAUCCAAGAGCAGCAAAGGGCUUCAUGUUGUCCAUGGCUGCGUUUUGUUUUAUUGCCACAUUGGUGAUAUUUGUUACCAGUGUUAUAAGGUCUGAAAUGUCCAGAACAAGAAGAUAUUACUUGAUUGUGAUAAUAGUGAGUGCAAUCCUGGGCAUCAUGACGUUUAUUGCCACAAUUGUCUAUAUAAUGGGAGUCAACCCAACUGCUCAGGCUUCAGGAUCUGUAUACGGUUCUCAAAUAUAUGCUCUCUGCAACCAGUUCUAUACAUCUACAACUACUGGACUGUAUGUGGAUCAGUAUUUGUACCACUACUGUGUGGUGGAUCCCCAGGAGGCCAUUGCCAUUGUUCUGGGAUUCCUGAUUAUUCUGGCUUUUGCUUUAAUAAUUUUCUAUGCUGUGAAAACUCGAAGAAAGAUGGACCGGUAUGAUAAGUCCAAUAUUUUGUGGGACAAGGAACACAUUUAUGAUGAGCAGCCCCCUAAUGUUGAAGAAUGGGUUAAAAAUGUGUCUGCAGGUACAGAAGACAUGCCUCCACCCUUGUCUGACUAUGUGGAUAGGGUUGACAGUUCCAUGGUAUACUCUUCCAAUGGCAAAGUGAAUGACAAGCGGUCAUAUUUAGAGUCUUCCUAUAAAUCAACUCCGGUGCCUGAAGUGGUUCAGGAGCUUCCGGUGACUUCACCUGUGGACGACUUCAGGCAGCCUCGUUACAGCAGCAGUAGUAACUUUGAAACACCCUCAAAAAGGGCUCCCACGAAGGGAAAAGCAGGAAAGUCAAAAAGAACAGAGCAAGACCACUAUGAAACAGACUACACGACUGGCGGCGAGUCCUGCGAUGAGCUGGAGGAGGACUGGAUCAGAGAAUAUCCACCUAUCACCUCAGAUCAACAAAGACAACUCUACAAGAGAAAUUUUGACACUGGCUUGCAGGAAUACAAGAGCUUACAAGCAGAACUUGAUGAGAUCAAUAAAGAACUCUCUCGUCUGGAUAAAGAAUUAGAUGACUAUAGAGAAGAAAGUGAAGAGUACAUGGCUGCUGCUGAUGAAUACAAUAGGCUGAAGCAAGUUAAGGGAUCUGCAGAUUACAAAAGUAAGAGGAGUUAUUGCAAGCAAUUGAAGAGUAAAUUGUCGCACAUCAAGAAGAUGGUUGGAGACUAUGAUAGACAGAAAACAUAG